AUGGACCAGCCAUCCGAACCCAACGCCGCCGCCAUGCACAAUGUGGCGCGCCGACGAGGCUCCGUCGGAACUACACAACUGUUCGAUAAUAUUAUCUCGACUUCAAAUUUCGAUCGUGAUGAGGUGGACCGCCUGCGCAAGCGCUUCAUGAAGCUUGAUAAGGAUGGUUCCGGUACGAUCGAUCGCGACGAGUUCCUGUCCUUGCCUCAGGUUUCCUCCAACCCGCUUGCCACGAGAAUGAUUGCAAUUUUCGAUGAGGAUGGCGGUGGUGAUGUCGAUUUCCAAGAGUUCGUGACCGGCCUGUCGGCCUUCAGUUCCAAGGGCAACAAAUCAGAGAAGCUUCGAUUUGCAUUCAAGGUCUACGAUAUCGAUCGCGACGGAUAUAUCUCCAACGGUGAACUCUUCAUCGUCUUGAAGAUGAUGGUGGGCAACAAUCUCAAGGAUGUGCAACUGCAGCAGAUUGUGGAUAAGACUAUCAUGGAGGCCGAUAAGGACCAGGAUGGACGCAUUAGUUUCGAGGAGUUCCAAGACAUGGUGGAGAGCACGGAUGUCAACCUGAGCAUGACUCUGAAUCAAAUAUAA